AUGGAUGGAGAUGAUGGAGAUCGGGUGGCACCUGCAGAUCCAUUACCACCCGUGGAUGGAGAUGGGGUGAAACCUGCAGAUGCAUUACCACCCAUGGAUGGAGAUGGGGUGACACUUGCAGAUGCAUUACCUCCCAUGGAUGGAGAUGGGGUGACACCUGCAGAUGCAUUACCACCCAUAGAUGGAGAUGGGGUGACAUCUGCAGAUGCAUUACCUCCCAUUGAUGGAGAUGGGGUGACACCUGCAUGUCCAGUGCUGGCGGAGGAAUCAGCAUUCAUGCCUGUAGGGGCUAAAGUGGCGUCGGGUUGGGUAGAAUGGGUGAAGCCGGCAGGUGCUGAAGUUCCUGCUGCGGUAGCAUGGGUGAAGCCGGCAGGUGCUGAAGUUCCUGCUGCGGUAGCAUGGGUGAAGCCGGCAAGUGCUGAAAUUCCUACUGCGGUAGCAUGGGUGAAGCCGGCAGGUGCUGAAGUUCCUGCUGCGGAAGCAUGGGUGAAGCCGGCAGGUGUUGAAGUUCCUGCUGCGGUAGCAUGGGUGAAGCCGGCAAGUCCUGAAGUUCCUGCUGCGGUAGCAUGGCCGGGAGGUGCUGAUGUUCCUGCUGCAGUAGCAUCGGUGAAGCCGGCAGGUGCUGAUGUUCCUGCUGCGGUAGCAUCGAUGAAGCCGACAUGUGCUGAUGUUCCUACUGCAGUAGCAUGGGUGAAGCUGGCAGGUGCUGAUGUUCCUGCGCAGUAG